GGUGCACCCAUCCAUUUAGAAAUCCUAUUUUCUUAUAUUUGUUUUCAGGCUUAUCAUGAACACCAUCCAUUUAGGAGUAGGCUAGGCUAUGGCUAUGGCUAUGGCUAUGGACAAUUGAUGCAUGAGGAUCCUUUUGCACAGUUGAGGCACUUGGGAUGUUGGACCUCUUUGGCAAACCUCCCAAAACCAAUUCAAUUGGAGUUUAUUCAAUAAUUAAAUAAUGAAAGUGCUUGAAAUAACGUCCAGGGACCUAUACAGCAUAUCAGCAUGCCACCUCUAGACCAUAGUCCAUGCAGAGCUACGUCUCCAUGCAAGUUUUGCACUGCUAUAGUCCUCUCUAAGCUGAAUAAUCCUUCGUGCAUCUUUCUGGAAGAUGAAAGCAUCUAAUUAAUUGGAUAAAGUUUAAUUUAUGACUCGUGUUCAUAAGUUACAUUCGUAUUUGGCAGGUAUCAAUCAGAUUGACAUAAGUCAGACAAGGGGUGCAAAACCAUAGCCAUGUUAAGCACCCUCAACUCAGCAACUUCAUCGUGUUCGACAGUUACAGAGAUCACGAAACGCAUCCUUGGAGGCUUCACAUCCGUCAGACACCUCAAGCAUGUUCACGCUGCGCUUUUCCGUCUUGGGCUUCACCAACACAACUAUCUUCUCAACAUCAUCUUGAAAGCUACCUUUCAUUUUGGUCAAACCAAUUAUGCUUGUCUUAUCUUCAAUCAAACUAAGCAACCCAACAUUUAUCUCUGGAACACAAUGAUUCAGGGCCUUGUUUCCGGCGAUUGCUUUCUCGAAGCUGCGCAAUUUUAUGCUUCUAUGCGUAGCCAAGGCUUCUUGCCCAACAGUUUCACAUUUCCUUUUGUUCUCAAGGCUUAUGCCAGGCUUUUGGAUUUGCAGUUGGGUAUCAGAAUCCAUGCCCUCGUUGUCAAACUAGGCUUUGAUUGUGAUAUCUUUGUUAAGACCAGUUUGCUCUGUUUGUACGCAAAAUGCGGAUGUUUGGAUCGCGCAAUUAAGGUGUUUGAUGAUAUUCCAGAGAAGAAUGUCGUUUCUUGGACAGCCAUGAUUAGUGGGUACAUUGAUGUUGGACGGUACAGAGAAGCGGUUAAUAUGUUUAGUAAGUUGUUAGAGAUGGGUUUGAGGCCUGAUAGUUUCAGCCUUGUUAGAGUUCUGGCAGCUUGUGCUCACUUAGGGGAUUUGAAUAGUGGAGAGUGGAUUGACAGAUCUAUAACACAGUUUGGAUUGAGCAGAGAUGUGUUUGUCGCAACCUCUGUAGUGGAUAUGUAUGCUAAGUGUGGAAACAUGGAGAAAGCGCGCCUUGCCUUUGACGGGAUUCCUGAGAAGGAUAUAGUUACUUGGAGCACAAUGAUUCAAGGUUAUGCAUCUAAUGGACUCCCAAAAGAAGCACUAGACCUCUUCUUCCAAAUGCAGAAAGAGAAAUUGGCACCUGAUUGUUAUGUUAUGGUCGGAGUUCUUUCUGCUUGUGCUAGAUUAGGAGCUCUAGAAUUAGGGGACUGGGCUAGCAAGUUAAUGGACAGAGCUCAGUUUUUGUCUAACCCUGUACUAGGUACUGCAUUAAUUGAUAUGUUUGCAAAAUGUGGGAGCAUAGCUCAAGCUUUUGAAAUCUUUAAGAGGAUGAAGGAGAAAGAUCUCGUAGUUUGGAAUGCUGCAAUAUCUGGGCUUGCGAUGAAUGGACAUGUUAAAGCUGCAUUUGGUCUUUUUAGCCAAAUGGAAAAAUCAGGUGUUCUACCUAAUGGGAACACUUUCAUUGGCUUGCUUUGUUGCUGUACUCAUGUUGGUCUGGUUGAUGAUGGUCACCGGUAUUUUGAUAGCAUGAGUCGUGUCUUUUCUUUGACUCCUACUAUUGAGCAUUAUGGGUGCAUGGUGGAUCUUCUAGGCCGUGCAGGUUUGUUAGAUGAAGCUCAUCAGUUGAUCAAAAAUAUGCCGAUGGAGGCCAAUUCUAUUGUUUGGGGAGCCUUGCUGGGUGGAUGUAGACUGCACAAGGAUACCCAGUUAGUGGAACAUGUACUAAAGAAACUCAUUGAGUUAGAACCAUGGAAUUCAGGAAAUUAUGUCCUCUUAUCAAACAUAUAUUCAGCAAGUCAUAAAUGGAAUGAUGCUGCAAAAAUUAGGUCAAUCAUGAAUGAGAGAGGAAUACAAAAAGUACCAGGAUACAGUUGGAUUGAAGUAAAUGGGGUUGUUCAUGAAUUCCUUGUGGGUGAUAAAUCUCAUCCCUUGUCCGAAAUGAUAUACACAAAACUUGGUGAAUUGGCCAAGGAACUUAAAGCAGCUGGUUAUGUUCCAACCACAGAAUAUGUGUUGUUUGACAUAGAAGAGGAAGAAAAAGAGCAUUUUCUUGGUUGCCAUAGUGAGAAGCUGGCCAUUGCAUUUGGUUUAAUCAGCACUGCUCCAACAGAUGUAAUUCGAGUUGUUAAAAACCUUCGUGUAUGUGGUGAUUGUCAUGAGGUCAUAAAGCUUUUUUCAAGGGUUACAGGAAGAGAGAUAAUUGUUAGGGAUAAUAACAGAUUUCAUCAUUUCAUCGGCGGUUCAUGCUCUUGUGGAGACUAUUGGUGAAAUCAAAUAUAAACAAAUCACAGGUGUGUGCUGAUUCUUCUCCAUCAAUACUGUUAUACCAGUGUUGAAACUUGAAACUGAAAUGCACAUCAUGUGUUUAUGUCCGUCAUCAGUUGAAGCAUGGUCUAUGAGCAGAAUCCCUUAUACAUCAAGAAUGGAGGUUUCCCUUCUUUCUAAGAUUCUGGAGAGCAGUAGCAGAAGAUUCUUUUUGGUUUUAGAAGCUUUAGUGCAAAAGUUUGCAAGCUUAUGCGCUGGAGCAUUUUGGAAAUGGAAGAUUCUUUCGUUGAUUUAUACAUGUUCUAUUGGCAGGUUCUCUAACUUUGGUUGGCAGCUCAGAAGCUCUGUAUAAUUUCUGGAAGUGCUGUGAUGGCCUCAUUGGUAUUCUCAGCCAUACAAGUUAACAAGUCUGACAGCGGUCAUCUUGCUAGUGAUACUGACAAAUCAUCUUUGAAGCUGUUGUUGCUAUUUCCACAUUUGGUGGGACCACCUUAAUUAUAGAGCAUGUUGAAUGCAUAAACUGCUUUCUUGAUAACUAAUGCGGGGAAGUGUAAUAUGCAUUGUUAAACUUAAAAAGAAGGGUUGGAAUUUGUUUCCCCCAAUAAUUCAUCUUUAAAUUGAUUAUCUAUACCAAAAAUUUAGUCUGAAGUGUCCUUUGUUUUUCCUAUUCUGGUGUGUCAUUAAAAAUCUGAAGGAAAAGAAUUGUGAAAAAUCAGGUAUCAUAUGACAGGCACUCCUUGUUGUGUUCUUUUGGUUUUUCUAUCUGUUGGUUGAUGUUGUUUUCUUUAUUGCCUUCCAGGACUGGGCAGCGGUAACAUCAGAAAGCAUCCAGAUUUACUGACAAAGAUAAAUUCUAUCAUCUCAUUGAUAUAACCUGCAAGCUAGUUGUGCUUCUUGUUAUUGGCUUCACUGUUUAAUUUUUUUGGAGCAAUAUUGGCUCCAUAUCAGCUUUAUAUCACUGAACACAUCUCUUAUGACCGCACCAAGGUGGAUAAUUUUAUUUGGUUGGCUGGACUAUUGGCUUUUUAUGCAUUUGUACGCCAUGUCUUCCGUCAUUAGGUGAAAGCAGCCUGAGGAGGACAAAUGAAUUUCACCAAUUGAUACAAAAGAGACCAUAUCUCCUAUGGAAAGAGCAAAGUUUUUCAUGAUGUGCAAAAUUCAGCAUUAUUAAGAAACUCUGCCUAGUGAUUAAAGGUCUUCGAGCUUCAUUAUUUUGAUGCAUGGAGAGUGUGUUUAAAAGCAAGAGCAUAGUGCUUCCUGCAGUUGGUUUGACAUUGUUGUAAUUCACAGUCCCAGGUGACUAUCUAGCGAUUCUCUUUGAUUCA